CUGAUUCUUCUUCUUCUUCAACUUUUAUUAGAAACAUUAAUGUCUGUCUUCCCGAGAGUUUUCUUCAUUAAGUCAUUGAUUUGAUUUCUCUUAUUUAUUACAACUUCAAUCAAGCAUUUAAUGGCAUUCAUAUCAGUUUCUCAUUUCCUUCCACACAGGUAAUACCUGCGUUUCAUGUCCUUGACUGAUACUCCUCUCUUCAGUUCAGUUUUCCCUUCUUUGCAUGUAUGUGAACUUCCAUUGAAGAUCCCAACAAACCCACCAAUCAAUCUCGUUCCUUUCUGCUUCUCUGACGGUCUCUCUUUUGCUUCAUUCGAGCCCACUUGGAUUUUUUCUUCAGAAGCCCUUCUCCAGAUCUUUUUCUCAUGGAUCUACUGAACAGGUUUUAUUAUAAACAUGGAACUCAAGCUCUUCCUCCUUCCUAUGGGCCACCCACGUCUUCUUCUUCUUCUUCUUCUGACACAAGCUUCCCCAUCUUAGCCAUUGCUAUACUAGGAAUCACAACCACAGCUAUUCUACUGGUGAGUUACUAUGUCUUCGUCAUCAAAUGCUGCUUGAACUGGCACCGUUUUGAUCUUCUAAGACGUUUUUCUAUCUCACAAGCUCGACGACACGAAGACCCUUUAAUGGUUUAUUCUCCGGCAGUGGUGAGUCGAGGCCUUGAUGAAGUACUAAUCCGUGCAAUCCCCAUUAUUCAGUUCAAGAAGGGAGGAGAGAACCAGAAAAGAGAUAAUGAAGAGAUGAGCUUUAUCGAUUGUGCAGUUUGUUUGAACGAGUUUCAAGAAGAAGAGAAGCUAAGAGUUCUACCCAAUUGCGCCCAUGCUUUCCAUAUUGACUGCAUAGAUGUAUGGCUCCAAAGCAAUGCAAACUGCCCCCUUUGCAGAUCAAGCAUUUCAAGCACAACCCGAAUCCCCUACGAUCAAAUCAUUGCACCCACCUCUUCUCCUCAAGAUCCAACUCCAUUUAUGGGAAAUAGCAUUGGUGGUGAUGAAGAUUUUGUAGUAAUUGAGUUAAGGGAUGAACAGAGUGUCAGUCAAACGAGCCAUAGACGACAAGGAACAGGGAUUUCAGGAGAUCUUUCAGUUCAAUCGGUAAGCCCUUCUCCAAGGAAGCUAGAACAGAGAAUUGUACCCAAGAAGGCAAGGAAGUUCCAUCAUAUGUCAAGCAUGGGAGAUGAAUGCAUUAAUGUCAGAGAGAAAGAUGAUCAGUUUUCAAUCCAGCCCAUUAGGAGAUCUUUCUCCAUGGAUUCUUCAGCGGAUCGACAGCUCUAUUUAUCUGUCCAAGAGAUUAUACAGCAAAAUAGGCCUCUCAAUGAGGUUAGCACUAGUGAAGGUUGCAGCAGCAGAGUACGGAGAUCUUUCUUCUCAUUUAGCCAAUGCAGACGGUCUAGGAAUGCUGUUCUUCCUAUCCACUCCGAGCUUUAAAAUUGAAGAAAGAAAGAUCAUCUUUUGCUUAUCUUUAUCCUUUUUUUUUUUUUUGGGGUUUUUCCUUUUCAAUUACUAUAACAUUCAAAUUGUUAGGAAGCCAUUGAAUGGUAUGUGAGAUAAGUAGGAUCAGUUGAGUUUAUUGUAUAGCAAUUUGAGUUUUGGGUAGAUGUGAAGAUGAAGCAACAUAAUUAGAGAGGAAGGUGAAAUGAUCAAAUUAGUAAUGGAAUCGUGGGCAUUGAUUAUAAUCAUCAUUACUGAAUCCACUAAGAGUGGAUUGGGUGUUUGCAA